CGUCCUUCCUGACGCCGAUCGGGCCUCCAGUCCCGAUCGAAACAACUAUUAUUGUUAUUAUGUUCCUAAAUUCUAGUUACCGUUGCUUUUUCUUCUUCACCUUUGUUUCCCUUUUGCUUUCCCGCCCUUGCUUUCCCGUCAGGACCAUCCCCGAAACCGCAACUGUAAUAACCGCCGAAGCUCACAGUCACAACGCCACGUGGCACAAUUUCUCUAGAUUGCUAAACGCAGAGAGAGGCAGCCAAAUCAUCGGCGUAUCGGAGCUCAAGAAGUACUUCCGCCAAUUCGGUUAUCUCCCUAGAGUUGGUACGACGUCGGAUUUCACCAAUACUUUCGAUGCUCGGUUUGAGUCGGCUCUUUUGCUUUACCAAAAGAGGCUGGGCUUGCCCGUCACCGGAAAACUUGACUCUCACACCAUAUCAACCAUCACGAUGCCAAGAUGCGGGGUAAGCGAUGACUCGUCGCAUGUAACCCAUUCAACUCGUCACUUCUCUUACUUUAACGGUAAGCCACGGUGGGUUCGGGCUUCUCCGAUGACUCUGACGUAUGCUUUCUCCCCUGACAACUUGAUUGAACGGCUCAGCAUAUCGGAAAUUAGGACAGUUUUUAAGCGCUCCUUUUCACGCUGGGCAUCGGUGAUUCCGGUAAAUUUUCGGGAGACGAGUCGAUACGAAUCGGCCGAUAUCCGGAUUGGGUUUUACCACAGGAAUCACGGUGACGGACAGCCGUUUGACGGGGUGCUUGGGGUUUUAGCGCAUGCUUUUUGCCCGGAAAAUGGGAGAUUCCACUUGGACGCUGCUGAAACGUGGUCCGUCGAUUUCGAGCGGGAUAAGUCAAAGGUAGCCGUCGAUUUGGAAUCUGUGGUUACGCAUGAGAUAGGACAUAUACUCGGCCUGGCUCACUCUUCGGUUAAAGGAGCCGUUAUGUACCCGAGCUUGAAACCGAGGACGAAGAAGGUAGAAUUGAAGAUUGAUGACGUGGAGGGAGUUCAGGCUCUGUAUGGGUCAAACCCUAACUUCGCGUUUAGUACUUUAUUACAGUCUGAAAGUUCGUCCAAUCUUGCCAUAGAGUCAGAAAGCGCUAUGUCCAAAUGGACUGUUUCUCUGACUCUGGGAUUGUUGAUAAUAUUUUUAUCUACGUAGAAUUUUCCCCUUUUGUCCCCCAUCAUAUAUUCUUUGAUGCAAGUGUAUGCAUAAUCUCAGAAGAAUUUACUAAUUUACGAUCAAAGGAAAGGAA